AUGGAUCUUGUGAAAGCAGAAAUAGCAAGGCAACGUGAGAAGCUCAUUAGCAGCGGGUUGUGUGAUAAAAAGUUCUUUAAGCGUUCACUAUUAAAACAAAAGGAAGAAGAUGAAUAUUUCAGCAAAUCCAAACGCAUAAAAGAACAAGCGAAUAACAGUGAUGAUUAUAAUUUUAGAACUAAGACAGUAGAAGAAGAUCUCUUGUUGAAAAAGUUCGAAGAAAGAAGUCGGGAAGAAAGAGAAAAAGGAAAGCUUAUGCCUCGUAAAGAAGUUAUUCGUCUUCUAAGAGAACGCAAUCAACCUAUACGAUUAUUCGGUGAGAGUGAUUACGACACUUUUCAACGGUUAAAAAGAGUCCAACUUUUGGAACCUGAAUCAAAGGGAUUGCGCAAUGAUCUCAUUGCAGCACUGGAUAAGUUAGAUGAUGCUGAUGAUGAAGAGUUUUAUACCUCGGGUCGUGGCAAACCGGCUUCGGAAUCCCAGUCUAUCGACAAUUCAUCAGUCUCCUCUACACUGGAUGUUAAAACAAAAGAAAACAUAUUAACGGGAGAAGAGCUUGAGAAGAUAAAAAUAGAUUUAGCCCGUUAUGUCACUAUAAAAGAGGGUACUGCCACUGAUGACGCAACGACUGCGGUUGUUGCCAUCAGUAAACUUGCGCCAGACAGUGUAUGUACCAAUGAUUUUGACGAAGGAUUUCAUGACCAAGUGAUCGAUCACACUCUCCGCUAUUUGAAAUUCCUUUUGUCGAAAUGGGGUCAUGCUUUAAAUACUAGAACUAAGGAAGAAAAGCUAUCCUAUUCUGGAAAAAUGGCCAGUGCAACGUAUACACAAACAGUAGAGUAUAUUAAACCACUUCUUCGUACACUUCAGAAUAAUCGCUGCAAAGAUGAUAUUUUAAAUUCUUUGGUUAAAAUCAUGGUUUUAAUGAUUGAUCGGAACUAUCUGAAGGCCAAUGAUGCUUAUUUAGAAUUAGCUAUUGGUAAUGCUCCUUGGCCGUUAGGUGUUACAAACCAUGGUAUUCACUCACGUACUGCGCAAGAAAAAAUUUAUGCCAAAAACGUAGCACAUGUUCUUAAUGAUGAAACACAACGUAAAUAUAUUCAAGCUAUAAAGAGAUUGAUGACGCAAUGCCAAAAGUUUUUCCCAUCAGAUCCUUCAAAAUCGGUCAAUUAUAUGGGCACUGUGGGAUAA